CACAUGCGCCGGUCAGGUGGCGCUGCGGGGCGGGUCGACAGACUGCGGGGCGGACGGUGGACGCGGUAAAGCUCAGGUCCCACCGAUCCGACCCCUGCUGUCGCUGCUGCCAUGACGGGGCUGGAGUUGCUCUACCUCGGGAUCUUUGUGGCCUUCUGGGCCUGCAUGAUCGUCGUGGGAAUCUGCUACACCAUCUUUGACCUGGGCUUUCGCUUUGAUGUGGCAUGGUUCCUGACGGAAACUUCCCCCUUCAUGUGGUCGAAUCUAGGCAUUGGCCUAGCAAUUUCUCUGUCUGUGGUUGGAGCAGCCUGGGGAAUAUAUAUUACUGGCUCUUCCAUCAUUGGGGGUGGGGUGAAAGCCCCCAGAAUCAAAACCAAGAACUUGGUCAGCAUUAUCUUCUGUGAGGCGGUGGCCAUCUAUGGCAUCAUCAUGGCAAUUGUCAUCAGCAACAUGGCUGAGCCUUUCAGUGCUACUGACCCCAAGGCCAUUGGCCAUCGAAACUACCAUGCAGGCUACUCCAUGUUUGGGGCUGGCCUCACAGUCGGUCUGUCCAACCUGUUCUGUGGAGUCUGCGUGGGCAUCGUGGGCAGUGGGGCCGCCCUGGCCGAUGCACAGAACCCCAGCCUCUUUGUAAAAAUUCUCAUCGUGGAGAUCUUUGGCAGUGCCAUUGGCCUCUUUGGGGUCAUCGUCGCGAUCCUUCAGACCUCCAGAGUGAAGAUGGGUGACUAGAUGACCUGUGUGGGUGGGGCCGUGCCCCACUGUUAUUUAUUGCUGGUUUUCCUGGGACAGCUGGAGCCGUGUCCCUUAGCCUUUCUGGGGCUUGGUGUUCAGGGCCCUCCUGCACUCACCUCUUGAUGCCUGUUGACUUUGGAGGCAUUGCAGUCCAGACUGAACCCCAGUGUGGGGAGUGGGCUACUGAUGGUGACUGUGUACAGCUGUGCACCCAUGGCCCCCCAACCCCCAUCCAGCCCAUCUUCCUAGUGUUUGUGAAAUAAACUUGGUAUUUGUCCCAA